CAAAUUAUUGAUACAGUCUUAUUAAUUUUACUAUGAACUUAUUAUAAAUGUUAGUCAACUUUCUUAAUGGCUAGUUGGAGAAUUGCUUUUGCGGGUUGACCCGCGACCCAACCGCACCCAUUCGCCACCCACCCAAUCCAAUCCGCAGAAGUAUGUGGGUGGAUUGCGGGUCAUAAUUUUUUCAACCCGCUAGUAAGCGAGUGGGUCAAUUUGAGACCAAAAUCCACCCAACUCGUCCAUUGCCCACCCCUAAUAUCUAUAUGCUCAUGACUAUCAACUUCAAGUAUAGUAUUUUCUAUCACAAAUUUAAAUUCCCUACAAAUUGGGUAUAUCCUAAAAUACUCAUCUUUCGCUCAUUAACAUUAUCAAGCCAAAUGUCGUACACUUAGACCAUGAAUUUCAAUACCUAUUUUUAUCCUCCACUUCAUUUCCACACCCAAACACAGAAAGCCAAAAAUACACCAAAAAUGGAGAUUUAAUUUGUGGACAAAAAUGUUUGAAGGGAUGCUUCUCAAAAUUAAGCUUAAGUAGGCGCUAAGCGUCUUUCAUUGAUUAUAUAAUUGAACUGGAGAAAAAGUCGAAAUUAAUUGAAGAGGCAAAAAAAAAAUGGCGAAUCAUCGAUAUGCUGCAUUAUGUUUCUACCUCACUUGCUUCCUUCUGUUCAUUGGAUUCGCUCAUUGCAACCAGAUCCCUUAUUCAGUAUUUGUACCUAGCUCAUGGAAAGCAGCUUCUCGCAGCCUUCUCCAAGGUGUAGAUUCAUAUCAUUCAAAGGCACACGCGGAUGGCCUCUUACCGUGUAACAUAUCCUUCGACACAAUGGACUACACGGUGUUCGGGAAAGGAUGCGGAGAGCACAACAGAGAGGACCAACACGCUCCACGAAAGACGUGUUGUGCGGCUUGGAUGUUGUUCAUUUGUCCCGUCAGGGACUACAUCAAGGACAUGGGCAGUUUGUGCCGGAUGGACAUGUUUUGGAACGCUUACCAUCAGUACCGCAUGGAUCAGGAAUACUUCAUCAGGUUUUGCAUACCUCCCGGGCACGAUGUCGACUGUGGACCGGUCGACGAACUCCGUGAGCAAAAAGGGAAGAAGGCAUUGUAUGACCCUCUUGCCCGAGAUCAAGGCGUCCCCGACGUCGACCUUCUCGACGAGGCGGCCGAAUCGCUGAACUUGCCUCAAUCGUUGUCGCCAAGGCGACAACCUGCACCAACCCGCCCGUAGCAGACACAACGGGUGGAAGGGAAAUCAGCUGGCAGGGCGUGGCCGCGACUCUGUCAUCCGUAUAAGUUUGAAUUACUUGAAUUUAUUGUGGAAUUUGCAAAUAGAAUCACCAACUAACUGUUUUUUUUCUUUCUUUUUUCACGUGAAUUCAUUUCAAGGACACAGUGGAAUAUUUGACUUCCAACUAUACAACCAAUGUAUGUAUGGAUAUUGAGCUUGUAAUUCCACAAACACUUUUUCCAUUUUACGAUAAUGCGAUGGUGUGAGGAAAGGUAGUUCGAAAUCGACAAUUAUGGAUUUAUGAGUAAUGUUACAUUCUCUUUAUACCAAAGAGCCUUGAAUCAUGGGUAAAAUGAAACGUUUCAUAUGUU